CAAUUUAUCUCGAAAUCAACACCACCGCACCGCAUGCCAGCUGUUUCGGCGAAUUUGUUUUUAUAGAAGGCCUUUACCUAUAUUGAUUCGCUCGUUACGCUUCGCCGUGUAGGAUAUAUCUAUACCGACAGUCUUACGACCCCCCCACGCACCCCGUCCUCCGAACACGACGACCCGACCUGACCUCCAGACAGACAGACCGAGAACACCGAGCACCCAACGAUAUCGACGACGGAAGGAACCACCAUAUUAUAAGAAAAAGGGAUAUGUUCACUCACUGGGGCGCCCACCCACAUAGCCAUGGCCACCACACACAAACACACCCUCACCCUCACGCCCAUGGGCCUCACCACACGCCGCACCACCAAGCGCCGGCGGCGGUAACAUCCGUCUCAGGAACAGUACCAGGCGCUGUCUCAUCGGGAGCGAGACUUGAUCUCGACUCGUCUCCAGGAUCGCAUAGCGCCUCGCCGUCGCAGUCUCCGUACCAGAUGUCGCAGAUGCGCUGGCUGCCGAGUGUGGUUUCGACGCGCUCGCAUAACCACAAUCCGUCGCUGCCGACGAUCUCGUCGAAUUUGAGGAUCCAGCAUCCUCACCCUGCGCAGCAGCAGCAGCAACAACAACCUCAGGCGCAGGCGCCGGUUCCGAUGGUUGUUGAUACGAGGCCGCCCGCGCCGCAGAAUGCCGUUGUAGGGCCGCGGGCGGCUCAGGCGGCGCAGCAACAACAAGUUGUGUCGGUGGAGAGUGAGGAGAGUGAUAGGUCUGAUAGUCCUGGAGGUACGCCGGGGACUAGGGAUGUGAGCGGAGCGGAUGCGUUAGGGGAGCCGGAGUUUGGAGGGGACCCGGGACAGGCCGGGAGAGGUCUUGAGAGAGAUGGGGAUAUUGAUAUGGAAGUUCUGGCCGAGGGAGGUGGGAAGGGAGUUGGGAAUGGGAAUAUGGCACACUCUAAUCUUGCAACACGGAAACAUGGGAAGCGGCUCACGACAAAGGAGGAGGUGUUCUUGUUCGAAAUUUGUAACCGCCAUGCUGCUGAUUUCGGCCAACGCAGUAACCUCUGUAAAUGGUGGAUGACAGUCACUAUGGAGUUCACGCGCGGCCAGAAACACCCGUAUUCAUGGCAUUCCGUCCGACGGAAAGUCGAACUUGUCACGAAACAGCGCAUGAAGUUUCUCGAGGAACAGCGCGACAAGGGCGCCACCGAGGCAGACGACCUCUCGAACCCGCGAUGGCGCGCCGUGGUCGAUACUUGGAUACCGACAUGGCAGCGCUGGGAAGAGGCAGAGGCCCGCCGGAUCGAGAAACGAGACUCGAGGCGGCCCAGGAAACGAAAGUGGACUAUUACAACCCCUACAUCAACAACAAUCACCACGGAUCAGUGGGACUUGCCAGCUUCAUCCGCACCCGGCUCUGCCCCUGACGCCUGGCGAGCACCGUCAAGCACCAGUAGCAGCCCUAUGGUGAACCACAACCACGCCUCUCAGCAGCCCAACCACCACGCCCCAACUGCCCCAUCAGCAACACCUCUCUCUUCAACACCCGUCCGCCUCCCUCCAGGCUUCGACACCCUAUUCUCUUCGCAGCCACAGACCCAAACACAACCCCAAGCCCAAACACCACCGUCCGCAUCUGCAUCAACCCCAUUCACCUCACACACCCAACGCAACAACCACCAGUCUAACCACAACAACCCCUCAACACCAAACACCACGAACCCCGCCCCUCCAACACCAGACAACGCAAUGAUGGCUGCUAUGCUCGAAACACUAGGGAAACUAAACAAGCACCUCGACUCAAACUCAAACCCAAACCCAAACCCAAAUUCCCUCGUCCCAAACAGCACGCCAACCUCAAACACAGAGCCCCCAUCAUCGCAGCAUCCAUCGACGCAAGAUAGUAAUGGCGGUGGGAAUGUGGAUCUUCACCUCCAGAGUCUUCUCUCGUCACCAGCCCUCAGCAAACUGAAAGAAGAUAUUAAGACUGAAAUGAUGGGUGAGCUGCGGACGGAGUGGGAUAAGGAGCGGGCGGUGCUAGAAGAAAAGCUCGAUUCUGUGCAAAGAACGCAGGAGAUGAUUCUUGACAUGUUGAGGCAGGAACCGUCUUGAUGGCGUACGGUUUGACUGGAUUUGUUUCUAGAUUCGCAUUUUUCGUGUCCGGCGUGUAUAUGUUUGGCGUUUAUGAUACCUAUUUCGCUAUAUUUACUUGAUUUUUGGGAAAACGUUCCAACGUUUUCAAGGUAUUUUCGGAACUACAAUACACAAGAUAUAUUGGUGGCCAAUCCCAAUAGUAUUUGCUAUAGGAGAACCAAUGCAAACA